UAGGAAACGUCGUGGACGGUUGUGAUCAGAGGCUUUUACGAGCAACACAGGCCCUAACCAUGAAUAUCGUGGGCCAGUUGGCAGAGACGGUGUUUGUGACCGUGAAGGAGCUGUACCGUGGCCUGAAUCCUGCCACGCUGACCGGAGGGAUCGAUGUCAUUGUCGUUCGCCAGCCUGAUGGCUCGUUCCAGUGCUCCCCAUUCCAUGUGCGCUUUGGCAAGCUGGGCGUGCUGCGCUCCAAAGAGAAGAUCGUGGACAUUGAGAUAAACGGUGAAUCAGUAGACUUGCACAUGAAGCUCGGGGACAACGGGGAGGCUUUUUUUGUUGAAGAAAAUGAAAAUAUGGAGUCGGAAGUCCCUGCUCAUUUGUGUACCUCCCCAAUUCCCCGCGAUGCCCCUGAAGACACAGAGGUCGCCGAAGGGCUUUCUGUUUGCGGUUCAGGGGCCCGCAGGAAGAAGCGCCGCCGCAAACGCGUCCGUUCAGACAGCCACUUGAGGGAUGAAGCCGCCCUCUCCUCGGACGAGGAGGAACGUGAGAAGGAGUGGGAGAGAGACAGCGAUCAGACGGGGCCAGAGAGCCCAAAAGAGGAGCGCGUCACAUCAUUACAAGCCAGCAAGUCGGUGUAUUAUUCAUUGUCUGAGGAACCAAGUGAAGAGUCUGGUUCCCUCCACACACAUCCAUACUCGGAAGGAGAGCAGUCGCCCAUAGAGAAGUUAGAAAGCGUCUUCUUCAGCCGUCCAACGUCACCAAAGAGUGACUCUGAGCUUCUUGUUCAGAAGGUUCAAGAAUCUGUACCUCAUAUUCAGUGGAACUGGGGAGGAUUUCCCACGCUGCAGCAGUCGGAGAGGUCGUCGCUGGAGCAGUUAUCACCCUCAAGCACGUCUCAUUUUCGUACCAUUGAGAGGCAGGACUCUUUUGACAUGGGCUUUGAGCCUGUGAUCACCUGUGGGAGGGUGGACGGCGUAACAGUGGUCCGACCCCAGCCCAGGACUCAGUCCCUGGACUUGGCCAGCUACAAUACACCCUCAGCGCCUGGAGCCUCAGAGAUAACUCCUCUGUCGAACUCCUCCCCAAGUGACCUUUUCAAGUCAUGCACGUCCUUAGUCAGUGAUUGUUUGGACGCAUCGGAGACACUAGAAAUCAAAUGCACGCAGCCUGCGGGUGAGCUUUAUUGCUCUGUAGCAGACAUUAGUAGCAUUGAUAGCAAGAGCUCUAUGGUUGGUGUCACCAAGCAAAAAGACCAAGAGUUCUCUGCCAUCUUGAAAGCUGGGGUUGUGGACAGACAACAAAUGUCUCCUGGACACCUCAGUGGGUUUUCUGAGCUCAAUGAAUACGGAAGUGCUGCCAGUACCACUGUCAGUGAGGGGGACAGUGGAAUAGAGCCAUGCGCUGAUGUUGGACAGGAAGAGAGCGGUCCUGGUGCGGCUGGUGGGACCGCUUCUCUGACCCAUCAUGCUGGACCUAUUCCUGAGGCCAGGGAAAAUGGCUCCGCUUUGAUGCCUGUAGGGUCGAAAAUGGAUCAACAAGACAAGAAAAGAGGUAAACGCAAUCACCACCUGGGACAAACUGGCAUUUACUUAGAUGAUCUCAGGUCUCUUGAUCCAGAAGUGGCUGCGCUGUACUUUCCUAAGGGUGAAAACGAGGGAUUGUCCCAGCCAGUGGCAGAACGAGGGUCCUGCUCAGGAAGCCAGUCUCCUCAUUCAGUGGGCAGCGGGACAAUCGACAGUGGGACAGAGUACCUGUCUGAUUCCACCUCCUACAGCAUGGAUGUGAGCAUGUCUCUCUGUGGACAAGACGGCGGGACCAGCCAGAUCACCAAAGAGAAGUUCAUGGCACACACUGUAACAUACCAGGAUUUUGCCAACAAUCCGGGAAUUAUCGACGAUCCAAACCUUGUUAUCUGCAUCAACUCCAACUAUUACAACUGGGCUGCAGCUGCACCAAUGAUCCUGUCAAUGACGGCUUUCCAGAAGAAUCUUCCAAAGAGUACUGUAGAAAGGCUGGUGAAAGACAAGAUGCCGAAAAAGUCUGGGCGCUGGUGGUUUUCCUGGAGAAGAAGGGAAAUGAGCAACAGCCAGCAGACAAACUCAAAGGACGAGCCAGAGGAGCUGCUGACUUCAGUCACAACUACUGAGAAAGCCACGACUGACUACAUGGAGGAAGAAGCAGAGCUCAGAUUGAAUGCCACUGUUUCUUCCAGCAUGUCUGCAGAAACCCUCAGAGCCACUCAGUGUAUUAGCCAGAUGUACCGCAAGUCCCUCCGCCUGACCUCCAAACAGAUUGAGCAGUUAGGACUGCGUGAUGGAGCGAACACGGUCGUCUUCAGUGUGACCACGCAGUACCAAGGAACCUGCAGAUGUGAAGCUGCCAUCUACCUGUGGAACUGGGACGACCGCGUCAUCAUCUCAGACAUAGACGGCACAAUCACAAAAUCGGAUGCGCUGGGCCACAUCCUGCCUCAGUUCGGCAAGGACUGGACUCACAAAGGGAUCGCCAAGCUCUACCACAACAUUCACCAAAAUGGUUACAAGUUCCUCUACUGCUCUGCCCGAGCAAUAGGGAUGGCUGCCAUCACCAAGGAUUACCUGCAGUGGGUGAACGACAGAGGAACUGUUCUUCCCAAAGGGCCGGUGCUGCUGGCUCCCAGUAGCCUUUUCUCUGCUCUCCACAGAGAGGUGAUCGAGAAGAAACCUGAGGUGUUUAAAAUCGCCUGCCUCAGUGACAUCAGGGACCUGUUUAACCCACAGAGGCAACCCUUCUACGCUGCCUUUGGCAACCGCACAAAUGACGCCCUCUCCUACAAGCAAGUCGGCGUGCCUGACACCAGAAUAUUCACUGUCAACCCAAAGGGAGAGCUAAUCCAGGAGAAGACCAAAGGAAACAAGUCCUCGUACAGUCACCUGAGUGAGCUGGUGCAGCAUUUCUUCCCCGAGCUGGCCCUUUUAGGUACAUCAACUGCUUUAGACUUCCCAGAGUUCAGCAGCUUCACCUUUUGGAGAGACCCGCUGCCAGAACUGGACCUGGAUUCCAUACUGUAGACGGACAACAGCCCGCUCUCUAGUGAAGACCAAAGUUCUCACUGACACUAUGCAAAGGACUCUUGUGACAUGGUACAGAAAAGGCUUCCACAGGACCCUGAAAGGAGCCGAAAUAUGCAACCCAUUAAGUGUGUGGUCAUGUAGCGCAGCACAAGCAUGAACACACACAUACCUUUUCUUCAGACGGGCUCAGUGUGAGCCCUCAGGUACUGUGAAGCUCUAGUGACUGAAGUGCAGUGGAUGCUGAACACAGCUACAGAGACGUGACCGAGUGAUAGAGCGGUGAGCGCUGUUCUUUUUGCUAAAAUAAUUAUGUGGGGUGAACAGCAGAAGAUAUUUCAUAUGUCUGCAUGCACAUCAUUUAUUUAGUUUCCGAGACUUGAAUCAGACAAGUCAUCACAUUGUCUAAGGUAGUUAUAGCAUCAUAAGAUGUGAUUUAGAUUUAGCUUCCUAAACUACUGACACCAGUCUCUUCUCCACUGUUGACUAGCAACAAGGCGAGGUCUGUAGCCGUCUGUGACUUUGGUUAGUGGCUCAUUUUCCAUGUCCAGAGUGGGACCUGCAAGAAACGUUCUGACUUUCUGUUGAAUUGAUUUACAAAUAUAUUUUUUUGUAUUUGAAAGCAAAUUAAAAGAAAUGAAUUGCAA